AUGGCGAAUUCUCCACCAAAACUUCAGGAUCCAAGAAGCUUCUCCAUACCAUGUAAAAUUGGUUCUGAACUCAUACCGAGAGCUUUCUGCGACUUGGGGGCCAGUGCUAGCCUACUUCCAUACCCAAUGGGGAUAGUGGAAGAUAUACCAGUUGAAGUGGGUGGAUGUAUAGUUCCCACAGAUUUCAUUAUCUUGGAUAUGGAGGAAGACCCUAAGAUAUCGAUUAUCCUUGGAAGACCAUUCCUUGCCACAGCUGGAGCCAUCAUCAAUGUAAAAAGUCACAGGUUAUCCUUGGAGAUCGGCAAAGAGAAGAUUGAGUUUGAUUUAUCAGAUCCCUCCAUCUGUAACCCCUCUUUUCAGGGAAAUUUUUGCAAGAUCAACAUGCACAAAGUCGAGGGAGUGCAAUUUCCAUGA